ACACAAGUUUACAAAGAGACAUGGCGCCAUUACAAAAGUCUGCUAUUUCAUGCAUGUCUCAGCUCCUCUAUACUGACCCACCAUUCCGAUCUGCUGCACUGGUUUUCUAAGCAGAAUGGUUUUAUUUAUUUCAAUGCUCUUUGGCAUACAGGCGCUUUGCUCCUGGGCUGCCUCUCCUCCUGCCAGAGAAGGACCAACUGCAUUGCUUUCCCCCACCUGUGAUGACACUGCAGUAGAGGAGGCUGCAGAUCUGGCUCUUCGCCAGAUCAAUGCUGACCGAAAAGAGGGCUACAUACUCAGUCUCUACCGAAUUUUCAGUGUCCGAGAACAACCUCAGGAGAACACUGGUUCUGUCUUCUAUCUCAUCUUGGAUGUAGUCGAUACUGAAUGCCAUGUACGCAGCAAAAAGUUGUGGAAGAAUUGUACAGCCAGACCUGCUCAUACAAGUGUUUAUGGCCAAUGCAAAGCAAUUAUCUACAUUAAUCAGGCAAGAAAUACUGCUCAUCUGAAUACUUAUGAGUGCACUUUACAACCAGUUCCACCCAGAUAUAUUUGGACGCUAUGUCCUGACUGCCCAGUUGAUGACAAUCCAACUGAGCCCAGAUAUUUGGAGGCUGCUGUUCAAAGCCUUGCCAAGUUCAAUGAAGAGAGUGAACAAACUCAUUAUUUCUCUGUCCUCAAUGUCACAAGAGCUUCAAUGCAGUGGGUCGUUGGUCCUGCAUAUUUUGUAGAGUUUUUAAUUCAGGAGACAUCCUGCUCCAAAAAUGACACAACUGCUGACAUCUCCAAGUGCAAGCCACUUUCUUCAGAACUAGCUCAAAUAGGUUUCUGCAAAGGCUCUGUAGUAAACAGCCGCUUGGAACAUGAACAGUUUGUCACAAUAUCCUGUGAAAUCUACAGUGUGCAGGAUCCUGCCACUGAAGAGGGGAAACAGCAAGAUAAUAAAACACCUGGAAAAUCCAGCCAGAAUCAUCAACAAGCUUUCCCUUCAGAAGUCAAUCCUUUCUCCCCACAUGUAGAAAAAACGGUGGGCUGGGUUAAAAUUCUACCCCCUUCAAAUGAGGACACCUCUUUCCAAAACCUACCAGAAAGUCAAAUUGAACAUAAAGAUGGAAAGCCAGUUCCACCCAGGGCUGUAGGAUCUAUGCCCAGUCUUGACAGAGAAAAGACUCAAACAGACAAACCAGACUUGACCAAACCAGUCACUGGACCAGCUGUUCUCCCUUUUCCUGAAGAACUUUCUCUAUCAGACUCAUGCCCAGGAGAAGCAAAGAAGAUAAAUUCCAUUAUCCAGCCUUUGCUGCCUAAAAAGCCUACCAAAGCCUAGCAAGCAUUCAAUCAUCGCAAAUACCUGCAGCAAAAUAAUGACCACGAUCACAACCUGGUCUUUCAAUUUGUGUAACAUCUUUAAGUAAAUAAAUUGCUUAUUACAGUGUU